UUGAACCAAACCAACGACAACAAAAUGGCCGGCGGAUUCCCCUGGGACAUCCUGAGCGCCAAUACGUUACGUCCCAUAAUUGCGGACAUCUAUCGUUCGCGUGGAGUCACUGUCCCACACCUGGCGAAGGCAGAGUCGCUUGAUCUCAUUGCUAGAAUAGAGAAACUCGGCAUCGACAAAGUGUUUAAAGACGAAGAAAAGAAGAAGAAGAACGCUGCUGAGGUGGAAACAGUUUCUGGUCGACGAUCGAAGCGGAAACACGUCGAAGAGGAGGAGCAAGAGCAAGAGCAGGAAGUCGACGAGCCAAGGGCAAAACGCGGCAGGCCAGCUGUCAGUACAGCUAACAACAACAUAUCUGCACGCACUCGUUCCACAAGAGGCAGGCCUGAAGAAGAAGCAGAACCGAUUUCGCAACAAAAGCGAGGGAGAGGGCGUCCUCGCAAACAACAACAGUCUGAAGAUGAAGAGGAUGCUGACGAAGCAGAGCCAGAAGAGGAAUCAAUCUCAACUGCUCCCAAACGCGGAAGAGGCCGACCUCCAAAAACAAUCUCUGCCCCUUCUGCGUCACGCAGUCGAGCCAGACAAAGCCUUUCCCGUGUUUCUACUAGCCGCAAAGCUCCAGCUCAGCCACGCGUUUCUGCUCGUAUUCGUGCAGCAUCUGCAUCCCCUAAGAAAAGGUCGGCCUCGCUUUCCCCCCGCAAGGGUCGCAGGCCCGCCCAGCCUCGCGUCGUCGGUCGGCCCCGCGCGGUUAAACCAAGGCCUCGCCAACGGAACAAGUCGGCGGCGGCUAAGACGCGGCGCAAGCUCGUCUUCGACGGUGUUGAAUUACCCAAGUUUCUGCCGGCUGGAAGCCUCAACGCGCUAGUCAAUGGUAACGACGACGACGAAGAUAUGCCUUCGGUUCUUCAAACCGAAGAUGAAGAUGCUAUCGGAGAGGAUGCAGACUUGUCGAGUUUGCAGAACUCGAAUAAAGAAAACGAGGCCUCCCUUUUGGAAAUCGCGACUGCCCGCACUGACGAGGGAGAGGAAGUCCCAAAUCCUAUGGACAUCGACAUGGGUUCAGAGCCUGACCAUGGCGAUGCUCAAGACCGAGCUCUUGAGCCAACUGAUAUAGACUCUCCAAUGCCUCAAGAACACACAGUAGCGACAGAUGAUCAAAUUGAAGAGGCUCGACUGCAUGGUUCCGCUAUAGGCAUCGACCUUGACGCGCCAGAAAUCACGAUCGAGCCCAUUGCGGGCAGCGGGGUCACCAGCAUGCCCGUAGAGAACGGUCAAGUACCCGCUCCUGCUAAUGGUGAAGCAAGCGGGAAUGGCCUGCUUCGGCCCACCAUAAUCACCGCACGGGAAGGGAGCGUCGAGCUCAACCCCGAAUAUCGUAUCGAGGUUUUUUCGCCCACCAGUGCAAUUGACGAUGAGGCACCAGGGGCGAACUGGGUCAACGGGACUGCAAGCGACGAAAACGCUGCUGCCGAGGCAAUCCCUGUGGGAGGCGAACCUGUCCCCCUCGAACUUGAAGUCGCCAUCGGUGGUCUUGAUGGUAUUAAAAAUAUCGUGCCCCCGGGAGACACACCGGCGAGUUUAGCUGAGUCGGACACGCUGGAGCUGGAAAUCGACGACCAACGAACUGGGUUUGACGCGUACGAGUUUGACGACCCUAUGGCUACCAUCGAUGCCCUCCCUUGA